CACCGCACCUAUUAAUUCGCUCCCAGCCUCAUGCCAAAAUUGCCGUAAGGUAGUGGCUAGUCGCGGUGGAACAGCUCUGAAAAACUGCAAAGGGCAGGGUGAAAUAUCGUCGGUCGCGCUCCCAUGAGCUCUCCCCGACAAUUCUUCUCGCCUCUUGCAGCAGGAGCGAAAAAAGGCGGAGCACCCACUCCACGAACACUGCGGCCGUAGCGAUCUGAAUCAUCACUACUACGAGUGGCAACUACGGGACGUUUUGCUUGUGCUUGUAUUACAUUGUCUGUACCACUUUGCUACUUCUGCUGCAGGCCCAAGCGACGUAAACGACCGUUUGACUGCUACUGGCAACAAAUCUGCACUGGGCGACUCCAAGGCACUCAAAACAGCUGAAAUUUCUAGCUCUUAGCUUUAAUCGAAUGAAGUACGGUGGCUAGGACAGGUCCUUUACGGCACAGCUCUGAAAUUAGCCGUGCGCUACAAGGAAGUGUUUGUGAGUGUGAGACAAGACCAUUGAUGCUCUAGUAGGUAGCAGUAGUAUCAAAGAUGGAGGUGUUUAUGUAGACUGAAACUGGCGAAUUUAACAUUGGUUAUAUUGCCGGUAGAGCAUCAACGGAACUCGUAGGUUAAACACAUCACUCUUGAACAGUGAUAAACCGGCUGGACGUAAUUCGAUGAAGAUUUCUGUUACUCGCGGUGAAGCUGCUGUAAUACUCGACACAAUCUUGCUGAUAUCUGUUUAUUAACGACCAUGUUUUUGGAUAUAUUUGGCCGUAUCUGAUCACAGCAAGGUCCGGUUGCAAGUGGAACAAAUACAGACGAUCGAGGUCCUGUUGAAACUGUACGUACAAAUUUGGAACGUUCAGUGAAAGUUCUUCGCCGCGUUUUCGUUCCACUUUUGUUUGGAUUAGCUAUACAGUGUCCCCUCCAUAUACUGCUAGCGUUUCCUUCAAAACGUAGUACCCGGUGCAGGUGGCUACAGAUGUUUCGAAUGUGUUUCGCGAUGGGAAAUACCCCAUCGACGCAAAAAGAAGAAAAUGGAAAUAAUAUUAUGGAUUCGUGUGAAAACUGCAGCAGCUGCUCAUGCAGAUCGACUACACAGAGGGUCAUCAUUGGAGGAGCAAAGUUCAGCAAAAGGAUGGAGUACCUUCGUGACCCGCGCAUCGCCAGGGGCCUUUCCUUCUCCUCGAGAGACCGUGAUUCUAUGUCGGUUCGAGGCCUUCUGCCGCCAGCGAUCCGCACACCCGAGCUUGAGAUGAAAUCCGUCCUUAUGAAUCUCAACCUCUAUUCCUCGCCCCUCGCAAAAUAUUGCUAUCUUCGCGAGCUGAGCGAUUAUAAUGAAAAGCUAUUCUAUCGCGUGAUGAAGGAGCAUACAGAAAUGCUAAUGCCGCUUGUGUAUACACCUACCGUGGGCGAUGCCUGUCUUAAGUAUUCGCUCAUCUUCCGCCGCCCGAAGGGACUUUUCAUCUCUAUCAAGGAUAAAGGGAAGGUGGCUGACGUAUUAGCUAACUGGCCCGAAAAGGAGGUCGAAAGCAUUGUUGUGACCGACGGUGAACGUAUUCUCGGGCUCGGUGAUCUUGGAGCGAACGGCAUGGGCAUUCCUGUCGGGAAGCUCGCUUUGUACACAGCUCUCGGGGGUAUUCCGCCAGAGAAAACUUUACCCAUCACUCUGGAUGUCGGCACCAAUAACGAGGCUAAUCUCAACGAUCCGCUCUACAUUGGACUCAAGGAAAAGCGAGUUCGGGGAAAGAUGUACGACGAGUUCGUUGAAGAGUUCAUGCAGGCGGCUGUUAAACGCUUUGGUAAGACGUGCCUUAUCCAAUUUGAGGAUUUUGGCAAUGCUAACGCGUUCACGCUGCUAGCCAAAUACAAGGACUCUUACUGUACCUUCAACGACGAUAUUCAGGGUACCGCGGCCGUGGCUGUGGCCGGUCUAAUGGCCUCGCUGCGUAUCACUGGUCGCACACUUCAGGACAACACGAUCCUGUUUCAGGGCGCUGGAGAAGCCGCACUUGGCAUCGCCGAUCUCCUUUGCCAAGCCAUGGUCAAAGAAGGAAUAUCCGAAAAGGAAGCCGCAAGCAAGAUCUGGAUGCUUGAUUCUAGAGGACUUCUGUGUUUCGAACGUCCUGACGAAAUGAACGACCACAAAAAGAAGUAUGCCAAGGAAGCGCCCCUCACUACAGACCUACAUGAAUUGGUGAAGCGGGUGAAGCCGACGAUGUUGAUCGGUGCCUCGGCCCAGACUAAUGCGUUCAACGCCCAGAUCCUCCAGAACAUGCUCGAGUUCUCAAAGCGGCCAGUUAUUUUUGCGCUGUCGAAUCCCACAAUUAAGGCCGAAUGUACGGCCGAAGAUGCGUUCACCCACACCAAGGGCAAGUGCGUAUUCGCUUCCGGUUCUCCAUUUCCUCCUGUUACGUAUGAAGGCAAAACCUAUUAUCCAGGGCAAGGUAACAACGCCUAUAUUUUCCCCGGAAUCGCCCUAGCCGUGAAUGCGUGCAAGGUUACACGCAUCGAUGACGAAGUGUUUCUUAUCACUGCCAAGACUGUUGCUGAGAUGGUAAGUCAGGCUGAUCUCGACGAAGGCCGCGUCUACCCUCCGCUAUCGAAGAUUCAGGAGGUAUCAUUCAAUAUUGCCGUGGAGUUAGCCAAGUACUUCUUUAAGACCGAGGUAGCCACAGUCUCUCCGCAGCCCAAGGACAUCGAGGCUUUCAUACGGAGUAAACAAUACGACUUCACGUAUCCAGGCAUGGUCAAAUUAAACAAGUAGCAGACGAUCUAACUGCUAUCAAAUUGGUCAAGGGAAGGAUAGCUAUAAAUGGAGGGUGAAAGUAAAAGUACACAAACGGAACGAAGGGGCUUAAGCGACAUAAAAAAUAACGAAAUAAUUUAAUCGGUUAAGAGCGAUGCCAAAGAACCUCGUCUAAGCAUCCGGCCUUAUAUUAAAAAUAAAAUACUCUUAAAUCGGUAGCACACAUGGAUAAAAACGAAGAUAUACACAAAAUGCGUACAGAUGCAGUGGCUCAUAAGCAGCGCCCGCCCGCAAUUAAGGACACAAACUCAUGUGUUCCGUAUAGUUCUGCUGCAGAAAACUUUACAAAUAAAUGAGUAAUUAUAUUGCAAUGUGUACAGCAGUCCAAUAAGUGGAGUGCUUUUUGUAUUUUUGAUAGAUGUAAUUGGAAAAAAAAAUAGGAAAAAGAUACGAAGUACCAAACACACUUAAGCAGAGAAUAAAAUUCGGCAUAAUCUACUUUAAAGCGAGAAAAGAUACUUAUUACGAAUAUGACAAAUAGUGGUGUUUUGACAACGGCAUAAACCCAUAAUGGACCCAAAGAGUUGGAAAAGAGGCAUCCCUAUACGUUGUUACUGUAUUGUGUGAUAAUAAGCCAGAUCCUACGUACUUUCGAUGGCUAUGUCACUGGCUGAUUGAUAGAUACCAGUCUACCUGUAAACCCAUGGGCUGUCUACGAGUCAUGAGCUCCCAUUUUUAGUACUCCUCACAUACUAUUAAACUAUGUAUGAAGUACUGUUGUAAUCAUCUUUCGAAUGAAGAUACAACAUCUAGCGACGAGACUUGAGUCAAAUAGGAAAAGUGUGCAAGAAAACGAGGUUCGAUAUGUGAUUGCACACAGAUAUGUAUAUAUAAAUAUUAUUAACUGUGACGAAAAAGAAGCUGAAAAGCUCAGUAAAGCCGAAGGGAACGAGGAAACAAUUACGAGAAGGCAGCGGGCGAAAACCGAUACGAAAGCAAGAAAAAAUUUUAAAAAUGUGCAGUAGGAUGUGUGGUGAUAGAUAAAAUACGUCGUCAAAAUAUGGCCGACUCGGUGAACACACGGCCCGAAUAGAAAGAAGGACGGGGAAAACACGACAAAAUCGUCAUAAAAUACCUAAUAAAAUGAAGUAUCGUUUUGUCCUACUCAUCCCAUACCGAAAAUCCCAAAACUCUCAAAUCUCUCGCGGAAUUGCGCGCCCUAAAAGCCUUACUUUAUUGUUUAGUUAACUAGCUGCCCCAAGGCGGCAGUGCGUUUUCCCACAGUACAAUUAAUUUCCAUUCACAAAGCGUUGUGUUUCGUCGUUAAUAGGUGUUUAGAAUAUUUUUUCCCAAAAAUUUUUCUAUGAAGUUCCACCUUGAACCCACUACUGAUUUUGAUUCUAAAUCGAAAUGGCGACUAACAAUACGUUUAUCCCCUGAGCCAGCCGAGUGAUGCAAAACCCUUGGUUCUGUGAAAAUGGGUCCUGCCAUGCAAGUCGCGGGGGCUCUAUCUAAUUUGGUAUACUGAGAAGAUACUUAGCCGUAUUACUGGUUUUAGGCUAUUUUAUACUAAAUAAUACGUUAUAUAUAUAUAUAUAUUAUAUAAUAUAUAUAUAUAAAAUACAUAAUACCACAUGGGUCAAAGCUAGCGACUCUCGUAAGCCCAGAAAUUGCAGGGCUUUUUGUAUGCGAAUCAGCUUCCAAAUGGUGUUUACGUCCUGGCGAAGACUGGGAAACAAAAAGAUCACUUUUUGAUUUGUUAACACCACCUACACGUAGGAUACAUGACUGUUAACGUUGUACGUUUUCUGACUUGUUAUUAACAGUAUUGGUGUUAAGAUUCUUAGCUUGAUUCGAUCUAAUGAGUAGGACGUUUUUAGUGAAAGCUAAUAUUCCGUGCUCUUAAGAUUAUCAUGGUUGUCUGUAUGUUCUUUACUAAUACAACUCAUCAUUAGAGCUCCCGUCUAAUAUAGUUUGCUGAGUAAACAAGUGUUUUUUUCUGUACCAACAGAUAUUUCAAAAAAACGAAAGUUUUAAAAACUUUCUAAAAUGAGACGCUCGUUGUUUUCAAUUGUAUAUAAUGUGCCUGUCUGAACAGAACAUCUUCUUAAAUUCAUCAGACGAUACCACAAACAUUAUGCCGAAGCGCCUACCAGACUAUCACUUUCUGGUAUCCAUAAAUGUCUUUAUAUUUUUGACCUGACCGGGGUAUAAGCAAUAAGCAAAUAGUAUAUUAGGACAGAUGUUAAUUGCUAUAUAUUUCAGAAAUAUAAGAUCCACCCCACUGUAAAGAGACUAAAAAAAAACAGGAAAUGGAAAUCGUAUUGAAAGAAAGGAUGCUAUAUUACCUUUCUUUCCUCGGGUGCAAUAAGCAAAUAAGAUAAUAGCAACAGCCUAAGUAUAAGGAAGAAUUAAAGAAAAAUAACAACAGAGGUAAAAAUAAGUAAUUAUAAUACUGAGGAACCCAUAGGCGCGUGAAAAAUGAAAAUACAAAGAAAGAGGAUGAACAGACAAAGGAGUAGGAAGGGGCAUACUCACGAUUGGCACGAUGAAGAUGUUGACGAUACAACUAAUGGUAUCAAUGAACUUGCAAUGAUAGAAAGAUUACCAAACCUAUAUUUGAUGUGGAGCGAGCUAUACUCCGCCAAAAUCAAAGAUCUUCUUAAACCUUAAUUGCCUUUCCAUAUGAAAAAAUACGCAAAAAAAAUGACGAAAAUAAAGGAAUUUUACUCUAAUUGAA